UUCUUUUAGGCAAAGAUUAAGUGUUACAAUGAGCAUUGCAAUGAAGAUGUUACAGAAUUUGCCACUACUACUUUUCUGUCUCUAUUGUUUACCCAUACAAGGAUCAAAUCAACAUGAGAGAAAGCCUUACAUUGUAUACAUGGGAGAGCUGCCAGUGGCUACAACCUAUGCCCCAGAAGACCAUCACAACAACAUGCUGGCUACUGUGAUUGGAGAUCGGCAGCUAGCCAGAGAAUACAAAAUACACAGCUAUGGAAAGAGCUUCAACGGAUUCGUUGCACAUCUUUUGCCACAUGAAGCACAAAAAUUACUAGAGGAGGACAAUGUGGUAUCAGUCUUUCCAAAUACACAUAACAAAAUACACACUACAAGGUCAUGGGAUUAUCUGGGAUUGCCCCUAAGAUUGAGCAGACACUCAGUUGAGAGCAAUAUCAUUGUCGGUUUGUUAGAUACAGGAAUUUCGCUUGAUUGCCCUAGUUUCAACGAUAAGGGGUAUGGGCCUCCCCCAAGCACAUGGAAGGGCAAAUGUGUGACAGGGCCCAAUUUCACCGGAUGCAACAACAAGGUGAUCGGGGCAAAAUUCUUCAACCUCCAAAACGCCCCGGUGACGAACCUGAGUCCGGCGGACGACGACGGGCACGGCACGCACACGGCGUCCACCGCGGCGGGGGGGGCGGGGGGGGGGGGGGGCCUGGACGGCAUCGGCGGCGGCACGGCGCGGGGCGGGGUGGCGCGCGCCCGCAUAGCGAUGUACAAAGUGUGCUGGAGCAUCAUGGGCUGCAGCGACAUGGACUUGCUGGCGGCGUUCGACGAGGCCAUAGCGGACGGCGUCAACGUUAUUUCGGUGUCUUUGGGAGGGUCUCCGAGGAUGUUCUUCAGCGACCCCAUGGCCAUUGGAUCCUUCCAUGCCAUGCAGAGAGGGAUUCUCACUUCUUGCUCUGCUGGCAACGAUGGACCUUCCACCAUGACCGUUCAAAAUGUCGCUCCUUGGAUUUUGACUGUCGCCGCUUCCUCCACUGAUAGGCGCUUCUCCACCGUCGUUGCUCUUGGGGAUGGCGAGAAAGCUGCGGGAAUGUCCAUUAAUACCUUUACCCCUGGGAAAAACAUGUACCCACUGAUUAGUGGAGAACUUGCUUCCAAUGUUAGCCGAGACGGCUAUGGCAAUGCCAGUGCAUGUGAUUAUGGAAGUCUAAGCAAGGAGAAGGUAAUGGGCAAGAUAGUGUACUGCCUUGGCACAGGGAACCAAGACUACGUGAUCAAAGAAUUGGACGGAGCAGGCACCAUCAUGGCUGUUGAAGACCCAUCAGAUUACUCAACCACCACUAUUAUUCCUGGGGUCUAUGUUGAUGCCUUCUCUGCUGGCAAAACCAUUGACCAUUACAUCAAUUCCACCAAGAAUGCUCAAGCUGUUAUACUGAAGACCAUAAGUACAAGAAGCCCUGCUCCAUACGUUGCUUCUUUCUCCUCCAGAGGUCCUCAAUCCAUCACCUUCAACAUCCUAAAGCCUGACUUGAGUGCUCCGGGAGUGGACAUUCUAGCUGGAUUUUCCAAACUAGCAACACUAACAGGGGACCCUAAAGACAACCGUCGAAACGUUUUUAACAUUUUGUCAGGAACAUCUAUGGCAUGUCCACAUGUUGCUGCUGCUGUCGCAUAUGUCAAAUCCUUUCAUCCUGAUUGGAGUCCUGCUGCAAUUAAAUCUGCUCUCAUGACCACUGCUACUCCCAUGAGAAUCAAAGAUAAGACAGCAGAGCUAGGAUCAGGGUCAGGACAGAUCAACCCAGUGAGAGCAUUGAAUCCUGGCUUACUUUACAACAUUAGCAUGAACUCCUACAUUGCAUUCCUAUGCAAAGAAGGCUACAACAGCAGCAGCAUUGGAAUAAUAAUUGGCACCAAAGGCUUCAAUUGCUCCACCAUUGACUCUCCACAAGGCACUGAUGGAAUCAACUACCCUUCCAUGCAUGUUCAAAUCGUGCCUUCCAAUUCCAGCAUUUCUGCAGUCUUCUAUCGGAGGGUGACCAACGUAGGAUUUGGUAAUUCAACUUACAAGGCCAGGGUCAUAGCUCCUGAGGGUCUUUCCAUUGAGGUUGUCCCAGACACGUUAAAGUUUAGUGGAUUGCACCAAGAGUUGUCGUUCAAGGUUGUGCUGAAGGGGCCUCCAAUGCCUGAGGAGACAAAGAUAUUGUCAGCAUCACUCGAAUGGAAUGACUCCAAACACAGAGUGAGAAGCCCCAUAGUUGUUUAUAAACCGACCUUGUGAAAUGAAGCCUGUGUAGGCACUUUACAUAGCCUAGGAAUUAAGUUCGGGAGUUUCAGUGUUUCAUUUUAGUUUUAUGUAGGUGGAAGUUGGUGAAUGGUGAUUUCCCUUAUAAUGAAGAGAUAUUUAAUUGCAUGGAUUAUGAUUAUCCUUUCAUUCAAUGGAAAUGUCCAACAAUAGCAUUAACUCGUGCCUUAGUAAUGUUUUUUCGACCCAUAAC